AUGAAAUUUCUUUGCUUGGUGUCGCAAGCAAAUGGUAUUGUACAUAAAGUUGAACUCGAUCAGAAAGCGAAUGGGCAGGAAUGCCUGGACGUUGUCUUUCAACGUCUUCAGAUCCUUGAGGUUGAUUACUUUGGGCUUGAGUACCGAGGCAGCAAAGGGGAACAACUCUGGUUGAAUAUGCGGAACCGUAUUGACCAGCAAAUAUCAGGUCCUCCCCCUUACAGUCUACUGCUGAAGGUCAAGUUUUUUGUGCCACCACAUUCCUUGUUACAAGAAGCAACACGGCACCAGUUUUGUCUUCAAAUAAAACAAGACAUAAUCAAUCAGAUAUUACACGUUCCAGACAAAGAUGUUUUGGUGACCAUUUCUGCUCUAAUUGCUCAAUCUGAAAUUGGGGAUGCAUCAAAUCCGGCCGAACUUCUGGUUGAUGGUGCAAGUGCAUAUCCCUACACAAGUCUUGUACAAAAUCUCACAGACAAUGUUGCUGACCUUGCAGAACAGAUUGCAAAUGAGCACCUUAAAUUGGCAGGAAUGAAGUGCAGCAGUGCCGAAUACAAAAUGCUUCAAGUUGUCUCAAAAUUGCCUCACUACGGAAUGGUUUUUCAUGAAGGAAAGAACUGUGAAGGUCAGAAUAUCCAAAUUGGUGUUGGGCCAAAAGGCUUGGAGAUUUUUGAUGAGAACUUUGUCACCAUUGAAAAUAUUAACUUUCACAUGAUGCAGUUGGCUACCCUGGCAAGCCGCUGUGUAUUUGUCCAGUUAAACAAACCCAAUUCUACUUCCUGUGAAGAAGGCAGCACAAUCGGCUUUAAAUUGGUCAGUCAAAAAGCAGCCAAGGCUCUCUAUCGCUGUAUGACAGAAACACAUUCCUUCUAUCGAUGUGAUACAGUACGCAGUAUUGUCUCCACCCAGUUCUGUCGAGAUCUCAAGGGAACUUUGGUAUCAUUAUUUAAUGAAAACACGUCUUUAGGUAAAAGUUAUAUAUUUGAUAUCAAACGGACAAGCAGAGAAGUACAUGAUCAUGUCCGGCGAAAACUGUAUAUGAUGAGCCAAGAAUUAAAUGAUGACAGGAACUCCUCAACUGGAUGUCUUGCUGAUGAAAAAGCACAAAUAAAUAAAGAUGAAGCAGAAGAGGUGGAAUGUUUAAAACAGGAAUUACACACGCUUCGGGUUUCCUUCACAUGCCGUGUUUGUAUGGAUGCUCCAAUUUCAACUGUGCUUUGUCCAACUGAAAAAGGAAAGAACAAAAUCAUUCUGAUCCUCUUUUUUUUUUCCUUCAUAAUCUUCUUUUUCUCUCUCUCUCUCUCUCUCUCUCUCUCUCUCUCUCUCUCUCAAAUCAUUUUGACACACUUUUUCUUCCUUCUGAUCUUUUCUCUCUCACUUUUACUUCCUUCCAACCUUCUCUCUCUUCCUUCCAUUCUUUCCAAAAUCCUUUGA